UCUGCCUUCGUUCCCCUCUUACCUCCAUCUCUCCUCGACGGUACGCCGCCGGGCAUUGUAUGCUUCAAAAUGGACAACGAGAACGGUGAGCACCGUCGAACACGUGACCGCGGUGCAUUGACGGCUUCCCGGGACCCGCCUCCUCCUCAGCAUCGACGCGUACGCAUUCUUCACUGCCUCCUCGGCGGCCUGCUGAGUGGAGGCGAACGCCAUGUCAAGAAGUCAUCACAGCUGCGGUGUGGGCGUUCGACAUACUUGUAUUGGGGGCUGACGUCACGCGCUUCAGUGCACUCCACGAUGUGGUCGUGGUUCUUAUAGGCGGGGUCAGGCCCCACACGGCCCAACCCAAGUCCUGCUCUUGCUCUUUCUCGCUCGUUCCCGUUCCUGUUCACGACCCGCAACGACCAAUCGACGCUAUACCCCGCAAUAUUCGCCAUGGCCGACCGUCCGGGCUCGCAGACGUCCACAACGCCCACCGCCGUCGACGAUCGCAGGCACAACCAUGCUCCCGACCACCAGGACUCACGAAAUAGCUCAGAGAAGCAGUCGUCGUCUGUCAAGAAGGAGCGGCCGACCGUCGCCAUUCAGCAGCCAAACUCAAACGACGCGGCAAGCGCCGUCCUCUUUUACGACGAGCCACCUCCGCUCAACUAUACUGUCAAAACCGGUGGCCGCGAGCGUGCCAUAAUCAUCUGGUUCACUCUGCUCUUCGCCGAGUCAUGUAUCCUUCCCCUCAUCCUCUUCUACUCGCUGUCUUGGGGCGCACAUCUGAGCACCACCAAGAACCUCGCGAUCAUCACGAGCCUGAUCGGCACCGUGUCCGGCUACAAGUUCGCACAGCGGAUGUGGUUCCUGUGGUUCACGCGCGACCACGUUAGUCGGAGACCGAUUGGUGCGGGGCGAUGGGGCGUCGACUUCUUCCAAUUUAUUCUCAGCCUUGCCAUGGCUGCGUUCUUCAUUCCACUAAUCAUUGGAUCCUCUGUAACGCCUGGUAGUCCGCGGAUCACCGCGAUGGCUCUGCCAUGCGUAAUGCUUGUCCUGACGCUACCGCUACUCAUUACCGGCCUCUUCCCCUACCGAGUCCGCGUACCUUGGCGCGUUUCCUCUUUCCCCCCGCGCCAGCCUCUUCCGCCGUUAGGCUACUGCUACGUCGAAGAUAUCGUCGCAGUCGACGGAGGUGGUUGCACACAGUUCCGACAGGCGUGGCGAACGCGUUACGAGGAGUCACAAGUGAUCCGGCACCUCAUCCACCAGCUCUCCGUCUGGUGGGGCGCCUCCGGCCUCAUCGUCGCCGCCGGGCUGCUCGCAGCCUGCUGGGCGGCAAGCGUCGACACGGGCUACGGGCUCGGCUACGGCGUCCCGUGGCUCUGGGCGCUCCUCAUGGCGAUGGUCACCGUCGUGCGGGUGCACAACGAGCUCCUCCGGGAGCGCCGCGAGUGGGUCGAGCGCGUGAAGGAGGUGCACCGCGCGCGGAGACUGCGCAUUCGCGAGGGCAAGUACGACCCGCCUGCGCUGCCGACGACGAUGGACGAGGGCGUGCGGCAUGAUUUGGACGCGCGCCGGACGAUGGGGUGGCAGGACUCGGAGGCGGGGGAUCGGACGGCGAGCGAUGGGCAUUGGUGGGUGCGUAGCCAGAGCAGUCGGGCGAGGCGCGGCGUGGUGAGCUCGCCGACGAGGGAGAUGAGCGAGGGUAGCGAGAGCCCGUCGAGGCCGGAGCCAGCGGUCACUAGGAGUCGGAGGAGUGGAAGUCCGGUGAGCACGUCGGUAGUGGAGGACAGCCCUGUGUAGAGAGUUCCGGUUCUUCGCGUGUACUGUGCUGUAGGGGAGGCGUGACCUUGUAUACGUCGACCAUCACUGGGUGAUUAUUGUAUGUACGAUUAAUGGAUCUGGAUUGUAAUGACUUAUGAGAUACGCCGCGCUGGACAU